UAAAGGAUUGCUGGUGGACUCUUCAAUUAACAGAAAGGCUUUCAUGUCUCCAAAGUGAUAACAAUGCAUUAAGAGCUGUAUCCAUAGUUGAAAGCACUGAACAGCUGCAGAAGGACCCUGCGAAAACAAUGGCUACAGCAGCUGAUGCUCUGGGAAGUAUAGCUAUCGAUGCCACACACCUUACCAUGUCUGUAACAGACCCGACGGCUUGGGCUACCGCUAUGAAUAAUCUGGGGAUGGUCCCUGUAGGACUUGCUGGCCAGCAGCUAGUUUCAGACUCCCUCUGCGUACCAGGGUUUGAUCCAAGCCUAAGCAUGAUGACUGGCAUUACUCCAAUCAAUCCAAUGAUGGCUGGCAUGGGUCUUCUACCACCUCCACCAACACAGCUGCCUCUUGUGAAAGAAAUUAUUCACUGUAAAAGCUGCACCCUCUUUCCUCAAAAUCCUAAUUUGCCUCCACCUUCUACAAGAGAACGGCCUCCUGGUUGUAAAACUGUGUUUGUUGGAGGAUUACCUGAAAAUGCUACCGAGAAGCUUAUUCAUGAGGUCUUUGAGCAAUGUGGAGACAUUACAGCAAUUCGUAAAAGCAAGAAGAAUUUCUGUCACAUUCGAUUUUCAGAAGAGUUCAUGGUUGAUAAAGCCAUUUACUUAUCUGGUUACAGAAUGAGACUAGGAUCAAGCACUGACAAAAAGGACUCUGGCCGCUUGCAUGUAGAUUUUGCCCAAGCAAGAGAUGAUUUCUAUGAAUGGGAAUGCCAACAGAGGAUGCUUGCAAGGGAAGAGCGCCAUCGGCGCAAACUAGAAGUAGACCAGCUACGGCCCCCAUCACCGCCAGCAAUCAUGCAUUAUUCUGAACAUGAAGCCACAGUGCUUGCUGAGAAGCUUAAAGAUGACAACAAAUUCUCAGAAGCCAUUACUGUUCUAAUAACAUGGAUAGAGAGGGGAGAAGUGAAUAGAAGGACAGCAAACCAUUUCUACUCCAUGGUCCAGUCGGCUAACAGUCAUGUUCGACGAUUGAUGAAUGAAAAGGCAACACAUGAGGAAGUCUUGGAACAAGCCAAGGAGAUCUAUAAAACAGAGCUCCUAGGAAUUCUUACUGAAUUUGAGCAGAUUGUGGCCGUUUUCAACGCUUCCUCCAGACAAAAAGCAUGGGACCAUUUCUCCAAAGCCCAGCGCAAGAAUAUUGACAUUUGGCGGAAGCACUGUGAGGAACUGCGAAAUGCCCAAAACGAACAGUUAAUGGGUAUCCGACGAGAAGAGGAAAUGGAAAUGUCUGAUGACGACAGCAGUGAUGUGCCCAGCAAGAAAGCCCGACUGGAAGAUUCAGCUCUAGCUGCCCAAGCUUAUGCAUUAAAGGAAGAGAAUGACAGUCUGCGGUGGCAACUAGAUGCGUAUAGGAAUGAGGUGGAACUUCUGAAGCAAGACCAAGGACAUCAUGCACGGACAGAGGAAAGCUUGACUAAGGAUCAGCAGUUACAGUUUUUACAGCAAGCAAUGCAAAAUAUGCAACAACAAUUAGUCGCGAUGCAGGAGGAGUUAAACAACAAGAAGAGUGAACUAGAGAAAGCCAAGGAAGAACAAACACACGCACAUGCCCUGGUGAACGUUCUCAAGGAGCAGCUCAAAAAUGCCAAAGACACUUCAGAUUCCAAUAACCAUGACUACCUCACCAAAGAAAAUGGCACCGUCAAUGUUGCAGUGUUUAACCACGACAAAGAAAAGGACUCGGAAAAACAAAGACAGGCUCUAAAAUCAGAAAAAGAAGCCUUGCUCAUAGGUAUCAUAUCGACAUUUCUAAAUGUCCAUCCGUUUGGCGCUAAUAUAGAAUACCUAUGGUCUUACCUUCAACAACUGGACUCAAGGAUAUCAGCUAAUGAAAUUGAGUCUUUGCUCAUGAGGUUACCACGAAUGUUUAAACAAGAAUUCACUGGUGUAGGAGCCACACUGGAAAAGAGAUGGAAAUUUUGUGCCUUUGAGGGAAUCAAAACGACUUGACUGCGCAUGGUUCUAGAGACAUUUAGCUAAAUGCUGUAGCAUGGCAGAUUAUGAAGUAUUCCUUAGGUAAUGGACAUUUUGCAAGCCGAUGAACUUUAGUUACAUCUGUGAUGUGCUCUUGUGAGUGAAGAUGUCAUUGUGCACCAGUCCCUCAGCUUUUGUUUCGGAAUUGUGAUAGAACUCUUUGCCGUAUCAGUAAUUACAUCGGAUGUUUCAUUUAAACCUAGGUAGCUCUGAAAGUGUGUUGUUCUGUAUUCAUGGUUACAUAGAAGAGUUAGAAGGACAAGCAACUACUGAAAAUGGCGUACAUAACAAACCAUUAGACUAUAGGCCCAGUAAAUUAUUUUAACCUCCCCUAUGAGGUUUUAUUUGAAAUUGGUGCAAUUUGGGACUUUGCUUGAACAAUAACUUAGAAACCUAGGACAGUAAAAUUAAAAUCCGUUUUAAGAUACCUGUAGCUUUUUAGAUGGAACUUAAAAUAAUAUUUCAUCCAUCUGCACACCACAAAGAACUUUAGUAUUCAGUGACAGAGGGGUUACAGGUUAUCUACCUCUAACCUUCAGAGAAGAUACUUGAAGUCUACCUUGCUGAGAUGCACCUGCUUGUGUUGGCCGGUACACUUUUAUGUUUAUUUUGUACAUUAGGUAUCAGGGUAUCCCAUUAUUGGUGUUGGGCAGCUGCUUCUUGUGUAUCUUUAUAGGUCCUGGAUUUGCUUGCCAAAAUACAGAACAAUAAAAAGAAAAGUCCAUGGUUUUGUUUAGUUUUAGUCUUCAUAUAGUUCAAAUGUAUAAGGUUAGGGUAACAGCUAACAUGCCUCUUUUUAACUUCGUAGCCCUAAGGUGUAAUUUUAAAGUGCUACAAUUUACAUCUGGCAUGUCCAAGUCCUUUUAAAAAUGUAAACAAUGGCCCAAACUUGAAGACUUUAUACAGGCUAUUGAUACUGCAUAUUCACUUUUGGUUAGUUUUUUUGUUUAUCUUUGUGUUUCGGAUCAAAUACAGCAGGUUUUAGUAUUGCCAGGAGAGAUUAAACAGUGUGAGCCUACUCCUUAAAAAGAAAUCUGAAUUAUUAUUUUUCUAAUAUAAACCAGAGUCCAGAGUAAGACAGCAUAUAUUGUAAAUGUAUCUCCCUGAUGUAAAUAUUGAGCAAAAUAUUGUUUUCUUUUUUCCUGUAUUGGUAUGUAAUAUAUUCUGAUUUAUGCAUCAGAAUAACUAUUCAAUUGCAUUGUUAAAAAUUUUAUAUUAAAUACUUGAAAAUAAAAAUGUUUUCCAAUAAAUAGUAUUGU